AGAAGGUGGGGCUUCUCUAGAUAUUCAGGAAAUAUAAAUAUUUUCCCUUGAAUAGCUGAACGUAUAUGGCAGUGGAUUACAUCGAUAACGUUGCCCGUAUUCAUUUGGUAAGAUAAAGAUCAAGUUCAUGAUAGUUCAUCAGCAAUGAAGAGGAAGGCCAAUCAUCCUCAGCCUCCCAAACAGAAUAGAAAGGCUAGUGCCAGCAGAGAAUGUGCCAUAGAGAUGGGAACAGUGGUGGCUUCCGAUACUACACCAAACUCAGAAACUGUGUUAAAGCCACCCUCUGAAAACAGGCACCUGUCCAUGACCCAGCACAAUCACAACCUUCUCAGGUUCUUAAAUGAGGAUAGGACGCGACAGAAAUUCUGUGAUGUGUCAGUGUCUGUUGAGGGCAAGCUCUACAGUGCCCACAAGGUGGUCCUGGCCCAUGGUAGCAGCUACUUCCAUGCUGAGCUGACCAAAAACCCUGCCACAGGUCACGUGAUCCUGGACCAUGUUGAGGAUUCUGUCUUCCAACACCUGCUUGGCCUCUUAUACACCUCUGAGUGUGUUGUCACCGAGACUGAGCUCCCAGCUCUAACAGAGGCAGCCCGCUUCCUGGACAUGAUGGAUAUCCUGAAGCUGUUGUGUGAGGGGGUGGAUGGCUGUCCAGUAACUGUGACCCCGGUCCAGACUGAGACAAGUGGGGCUCCUGAUGGAGAAAUGGCUGGCAGUGAAUUGCCGGCGGAAGGUACAGAAGUUCGAAACCCAUCUGAGAUUCAGUGUGCUCAUUCCAGCCAGAGAUUUUUGACUGAAACCUCCCUACAGAACCACUUGGUUACGAUUCAGAGUGGCAUCCAGCAGGCUGACAGAGAAGAAAAGGCAAAAAUGAUGCAUAAAAGGACUGAUACCGCACGGAGGUCGGCUCGCCGGAGGAGGGCACCAGGCAAGUAUGAGAAAGGCGAUAUGGAGCACACUGUUAACAACUCUGCAGAGAAACAAAUUGCCAUUUUAUCAAGGGAGGAAGAAGAAGAGGAAGAGGGAGAAAACAUAAAGCAAGACAUGAGAGACACAUCCAACCCAGUCCAAGGAGAAGAGGAAGAGGAGAAAGAAGAGAGGGAUGUGAAUGAGAAGGAAUUGGCUGGCCAUCAGAAAACUGCCCUUGUUUGUGGUGAGGACAAGAGUGUACGUCAGCAAAAUACAGCAGUUAAAGAAACGGAACAGCAGCAGACUGUUGCAGAGGUGGAGGUGUAUGUUCCAACAGAAGAAAGCUCCAGCCAAGCACCAGUAUACCCUGAAGGUCUGGCUCCUGUCAUCAUUCAAACCUCCAGCAAAAAGACUCUCAAGUGUCCCAAAUGUGACAAGACCUUUGACCGUGCAGGGAAGUAUGAGAGUCACACCAGGGUGCACACUGGAGAGAAGCCAUUCCAGUGUGAUGUCUGUCUACAGCGCUACUCCACCAAGUCUAACCUGACUGUACACAAAAAGAAGCAUGCCAGUAAUGCUCCUUUCCAGAAAAAGGAGCAUAAGUGCCCCUUCUGUAACAAACUUCAUGCCAGCAAGAAAACUCUAGCCAAACAUGUUAGGAGGUUUCAUCCAGACCACAUCCAAGAAUUUCUCACCAUGAGGAAGAGGAAGAGUGAAGGCUGGAAAUGUGCUAUAUGUCUCAAGACCUUCACACGCAGGCCUCAUCUGGAAGAGCACAUGAUUCUCCACACCCAAGACCGGCCUUUCAAAUGUACCUUCUGCGACGAAUAUUUCAAGUCCAGGUUUGCCAGACUGAAACACCAAGAAAAGUACCAUUUAGGUCCAUUUCCCUGUGAGAUCUGUGGCCGACAGUUCAAUGACACAGGCAACAGAAAAAGGCAUAUUGAAUGUACACACGGGGGCAAAAGAAAAUGGACUUGCUUUGUUUGUGGGAAAUCAGUAAGAGAAAGGACAACCUUGAGGGAGCACUUGCGCAUUCACAGUGGAGAGAAGCCUCACCUCUGUAGUAUCUGUGGCCAGAGUUUCCGGCAUGGCAGCUCCUACAGGCUUCAUCUCAGAGUCCACCAUGAUGACAAGCGGUAUGAGUGUGACCAAUGUGGAAAAACCUUCAUACGCCAUGAUCACCUGACCAAGCAUCAAAAAAUACACUCAGGGGAGAAAGCACAUCAAUGCGAGGAAUGUGGAAAGUGUUUCAGGCGGCAUGAUCAUCUGACUGUCCACUACAAAAGUGUUCACCUGGGAGAGAAAGUGUGGCAGAAGUAUAAAACCGCUAUGCAUCAGUGUGAGGUUUGCAAGAAAGAAUUCAAAGGAAAGUCCAGUCUAGAAAUGCACUUCAGGACCCACUCUGGUGAAAAACCCUACAGAUGCACGGAGUGCCACCAGACUUUCCGCAUCAAGAAGACCCUGGUGAAGCACAUGGUGAUCCACUCUGAUGCCCGUCCCUUUAACUGCCCCCACUGUAGCGCUACCUUUAAAAGGAAAGACAAGCUCAAGUAUCACAUAGACCAUGUACACAGCUCCAAGUUCACCGAGCAGCCGCUAGGGGCGCUGAGCGAGGUCAAGAUAAUCUCGCUUCCUUAUGAAGAACCUUCAAAGGUGUACCGGGCUGAACCUAAAUCGGCUCUUCAGGGUGCCCCUGCUGCUACUAAUGUCUGUGUUCCCGUAACUUUAGCACCUGUCCAGAUGGCAGGAGUCACAGGAGGGCAGGGUGACUUGAGCAACCAUGGGGUGUCAAUCUCCACCCAACCCCACAGCAUCCUUACCAUGCAGACCCAGGGGCAGCAGCAGUCUUCAAGCUACCAGACUGCCACAGACCUAAUCUUUCUUGAAAAAUACACACUUACCCCACAGCCUGCCAACAUUGUCCACCCUGUGAGACCAGAUCAGAUGCUUGACCCCAGAGAACAGUCCUACCUAGGGACAUUACUUGGACUGGACUCGGCCUCCUCUGUGCAAAAUAUCUCCAACUCUGAUCACAGUCACUGAAAUCCUGUGGCCUCAAGCUUUUAGUCAAACAAACUCAGUGUUGUUGUUUUUUUUAAACGGACACCUAUGAACACCCUGGUAGUUGCAGUGAUGUUUGAGCAAUCCUCAUCCCAGCAGUCCAACUGAAAGGAAAUUUGCAAGUGCUAUUACGUCAACAUCUUCUUUAUUGCCAAACAAAUAUGUCAUGGUUGAAGCUAGGUUUUGGCUAUUGAUGGUGUAUCUGUUGGGAAAGGUCUUCAACAAGCUUGUUCUGUCAUAUUUGCAUGUUAGCCACAAGAACUUCAUUUCUACAAACUUGUUAUCUGCCUUCUGUAUUUGGCUGCUACAUUGAAGAUGUAAAAUGUCAUGCAGCAUGUAAUUUUUCCUGGUAAAGCUCUCCUCGAAAGUGACCGAUAGAAAGUAUCAGAAAGGACAUUUGUUUUCACAUAAAUCAAAGCAAAAGAAAAACCCACACCAUUAAUUCUGAAUAAGUGUAUGUCUAAAUAUUUUUCAUGAACAUUUGUGCAAAAGCUCAAUGUUUGAAAGGCUGAAUACAAUUUCUACAUUUGUGUGUAAAGGCCAGUGUACACAAAGCUUGCUUUGAGGGGCUCAGAAUUUGUUCACGCGUUAUCAAACACAGGUUUUGGCAGGUCAUGACAUUAAUAUCAAUUUUAGAAAUAAUACAAUGAAUCCAGCUGAAUUGUUGUAAUUUAUGGUCAGGUGUGUUAAGAAGCAAUUUCUACUACUUUCAGCUGCUCCCGUUAGAGGUCACCACAGCAGAUCAUCCAUUUCCAUCUCUUCCUGUCCUCUGCAUCUUCCUCUGUCAUAAAAGCCACCUGCAUGUCUUCCUUCGCCACAUCCAUAAACCUCCUCUUUGGUCUUCCUCUUUUCCUCUUGCCUGGCAGCUCCAUAUUCAGCAUCCUUCUCCCAAUAUACCCAGCAUCCCUCCUCCGCACAUGUCCAAGCCAUCUCAAUUCUGCCUCUUUUGCUUUGUCUCCAAACUGUACAACCUGAGCUGUCCCUCUAAUAUACUCGUUCCUAAUCCUGUCCUUCUUUGUCACUCCCACCGAAAAUUAGCAUCUUCAACUCUGCCACCUCCGCCUCCUGUCUUUUCAUCAGUGCCACCAUCUCCAAACCAUACACCAUAGUUGGUCUUACCACCAUCUUAUAAACCUUCCCUUUAACUCUUGCUGGUACCCUUCUGUUGCACAUCACUCCUGAUACUCUUCUCCACCAACUCCACUGUGCCUGCACUCUCUUCUUCACCUCUCUUCUACACUCCCUGUUACUUUGAACAGUUGACCCCAAGAAUUUGAACUCAUCUACCUUCACCACCUCCACUCCUUGCAUCCUCACCAUUUUGCUGUCCUCCCUCUCGUUCAUGCAUAUGUAUUCUAUAUUGCUCCUACUGACUUUCAUUUCUAUUCUCUCGAGUGCAUAUCUCCACCUAUCCAGGCUCUCCUUAACCCAUUCCCUACUUUCGCUACAGAUCACAAUAUCAUCCCUGAACAUCAUAGUCCACAGAGACUCCUGCCUGAUCUUGUCCGUUAACCUGUCCAUCACCAUUUCAAACAAGAAAGGGCUCAGAGCCGAUCCUUGAUGUAAUCCCACCUCCACCUUGAACCCAUCUG